AUGGUCCGCGUCUUCAUCACAGGCUCUACUGACGGCAUCGGCCAGGCGGCUGCGAAGCUCCUCGCCGAGCAAGGCCAUCAAGUCGUGCUCCAUGCUCGCAACGCCGACCGAGCAUCAUCCGCCAAAGCCGCCAUUCCCAAAGCCCAAGCUGUUCUUAUCGGUGAUUUAUCGUCAAUUGACGAGACAAAGAAGUUGGCCAAGGAAGCCAAUGACGCUGGACCCUACGAUGUCAUCGUUCACAACGCAGGUAUUGGCUACGGUGCAACCGCAUCCAGGGAGAUCACAUCAGACAAGAUCUCAGCUGUAUUCGCUGUCAACACACUGGCACCUUAUAUCCUUACAUCUCUCAUGGAUAAACCCACCAGUAGACUGUUGUUCAUGAGUUCCAACAGCCACUACAGUGGAGACGAGUCUCUCAAGAACGCGACACAAUCGCAUUCAUACGGCAACACUAAGCUUCAUGACACAAUGCUCGCAAAAGCCUUUGCCAGACGCUGGACUGAUAUUCAAGUCCUUAGCAUGCAUCCUGGCUGGGUAAAGACGAAGAUGGGAGGUGGCUCGGCACCUGUACACUUGGACCAGCCGGCCAGGGCAUUGGCAAGCUGGGUCGCUGGGGAAGGAUCUUUGACAAAGGCUACCUCUGGUGCUUUUGUCACCACAAGUGGGGAGCGCUCGCCUCACCCUGGAGCGGAUAACGUCAGCAAGCAGGAAGAGCUGUUGGAUUUGUGUAAGGAAGUUUCUGGUGUUUCUGCCCCGGGAGAGUAA